CCGAGUUAAAAAGAAAAUGGAAAAAAAAAAAAUAAAAGGCAGCUUUCUCUCUCUUCACCUUUCAACAGUGUUAAAGAUCCGUGAAUAGAAUCGCAGAAAGAUUGAAAAAGGGCGCAUCAGAAUUCAGAAACAAGCAUAGAAAUAGUCGCUGUGUAUUUAAUCACUCAAAUAAAUUCGUAUCAUAGAAGCCUAUGCAAGUUAAUUUUGCUGUUUAGAUCUUCCUAUAGAUCCCUCUCGCCGCCGACAUCGCCGGAGCUUCUGUUUUUCCCGUUCCCAUGGCGCCAUUUUACAUCACCUGAGCUCCACUUCCCAUUUUAAUCGUAAAGUGUUUUGUGUCAGGGAUGUAUAAGAACCAACUUCAAGAAUUAGCUCAGAGAAGCUGCUUCAACUUGCCAUCCUACUCAUGUAUACGAGAAGGACCUGAUCAUGCCCCUCGCUUCAAAGCCAAAGUAAAUUUUAACGGCGAAAUCUUUGAGAGCCCAAACUUCUUCUCGACCUUGAGACAAGCAGAACAUGCUUCAGCUGAGAUUGCGCUUAAAACACUCUCACAGAGAGGCCCUUCAAGAGCAUUAGCUGCAAGAGUUUUGGAUGAGACGGGAGUUUACAAAAAUUUGCUUCAAGAAACUGCUCACAGGGCCGGGUUAAAUCUUCCACUUUAUACCACUGUUAGAUCUGGGCCGGGAUGUGCUCCACUUUUUACUUGCUCAGUCGAACUUGCUGGGAUGAGUUUCAAAGGAGAGCCGGCAAAAACCAAGAAGCAAGCACAAAAAAGUGCUGCAAUGGCUGCUUGGUUUUCCUUGAAGAAUCUGUCACAGCAAGAUUCUUCUGGCUGCUCUUCGUCUGAUGGAGGAAAGGAUGAGCAAGAGCAAGUAACCGUUGCUCGCUACCUUUCCAAAUUUAAAUUACCGGAAAGAAGGAGACCGCUAAAGGCUCCUGUUAAGAACGACGUGAUCCCAUAUCACGCCAGCAGAUCAAUCGACAGACUGCAGCAUCAAAAUUACACGUAUUUUCCUCUCUCCCCAGACAUGUCUACAUAUCAAAAUUGGCAUCAUCAUGGAAUGACGCUUCCAAGCUACCUCCUGAGCUCGCCUUCAGCUCCCUCGUCCAUCUCCGGGCCUCAAAUUUUCCCUUUUGUACAGUCCAUUUUCCAGUCCGGCAUCGGCCCAUAUAUCUUCCCGAGGGAACGAGAACCUGUCCCGUUGAUACAAGGUGGUCCGUUUUUCUACAUGGCUGGUGAUUUGAUGCCAGCUUGUUCUAAUAAUUCCCGGGUUAGAAUAGAAGAAAUAGAAGAAAACAGCCAAGUCGAAGAAGAGUGGCGGAACAAGGAUAUAAAUUCCAGUUGCCCGAGGAUCAGCCAAUCCUCCAUUGCCAGUGGUUCUCAGGGCGAUGUUCUGAAAUAUCCAAAUGAGUAUGCCAGUAUGAGGGUGCGAGCACAAACGUGUAACCGUGAAGAAUUCAGUUGGCUCUCUCCUGGUUUUCUGCAAAACAACCCCGGAGCAAUAGCGAUGAAUCAGCCCGCGUUACACCAACAAAACGCAAACUACUCGAGCUUCUCGCCAUCUCGAGCUCAAGGCACACACGCAUGGAGGUCUAGUUCUCCUCGACCAACAAGGGGUCCUACAUUAGUUCCACCCGAAACAUCUCAGAGGAACAUAAACGCCAUUGCCACUGCAAGAUCUUCAGCUAGUGCCACACUCGGUGUUCCAAGAACCGCUAGUUUUUCUUCCCGACCAAGCAGGACCACAGUUCCUUCAUAUUCAACCAGACCGUGGCUGGAAAGAAGCCUAGUGCCCUGCACAAGGACCAUCGCCCCAGCUGUCCAAAUCCGAUCAGUCGUACCAGUAUGUUCAGCUCCUGCUCAGCGAGUUCCACCCGCCAUCAGCCAGGGCCCAUCAUCUUCCAAAGGCGACACCAGGCAAACCAAAGAAACCUCUGUUGACAUUUCAGCAGCAAGUUCAGAGUUUUCGAGGCUCCAAAUAUGAGUAAUUUGAUCAUGUUUUAGACGAGUCUUAAGGCAAUUUCCGAUAAACCGCAUGCUUGCUUGUUCAAGUUACAAAUAGCAAGAGAGAAAAUGAAUAGAGAAUAAGAUCUACUGUCUUUUGAAUUUAGUGGUAGGCUAUCCAGAACAUUAUGAAAGAUGAGGAAAAUAUAUAUAUAUAACCAAAAUUUUGUAUACUCUGUCUAAUCUUUCAUAGAAUAUUACUCUUUUUGGCUUGU